UCCUCCUCUCCACCCUCUCCGAGUUGGGCAUCUCCGGCGCGGCCCACGCUUGGAUUGCGUCCUACCUGACAGGUCGCUCCUACCAGGUGGCGAAUCGCAUCUCUGCAUGUCUGGCAGACAUAUCAGUGUGGAUGACGGAUCACCACCUCAAGCUGAACCUCGGCAAGACGGAGCUGCUCUUCCUCCCGGGGAAGGACUGCCCGUUCCAUGAUCUCGCCAUCACGGUUGACAACUCCAUUGUGUCCUCCUCCCAGAGCGCUAAGAACCUUGGCGUGAUCCUGGACAACACCCUGUCGUUCUCAACUAACAUCAAGGCGGUGGCCCGUUCCUGUAGGUUCAUGCUCUACAACAUCCGCAGAGUACGACCCUCCCUCACACAGGAAGCGGCGCAGGUCCUAAUCCAGGCACUUGUCAUCUCCCGUCUGGAUUACUGCAACUCGCUGUUGGCUGGGCUCCCUGCCUGUGCCAUCAAACCCCUACAACUCAUCCAGAACGCCGCAGCCCGUCUGGUGUUCAACCUUCCCAAGUUCUCUCACGUCACCCCGCUCCUCCGCUCUCUCCACUGGCUUCCAGUUGAAGCUCGCAUCCGCUACAAGACCAUGGUGCUUGCCUACGGAGCUGUGAGGGGAACGGCACCUCAGUACCUUCAGGCUCUGAUCAGGCCCUACACCCAAACAAGGGCACUGCGUUCAUCCACCUCUGGCCUGCUCGCCUCCCUACCACUGAGGAAGUACAGUUCCCGCUCAGCCCAGUCAAAACUGUUCGCUGCUCUGGCACCCCAAUGGUGGAACAAACUCCCUCACGACGCCAGGACAGCGGAGUCAAUCACCACCUUCCGGAGACACCUGAAACCCCACCUCUUCAAGGAAUACCUAGGAUAGGAUAAAGCAAUCCUUCUGCCCCCCCCCCCCUUAAAAGAUUUAGAUGCACUAUUGUAAAGUGGCUGUUCCACUGGAUGUCAUUAGGUGAAUGCACCAAUUUGUAAGUCGCUCUGGAUAAGAGCGUCUGCUAAAUGACUUAAAUGUAA